GCCUCCCGAGCGCGGAGAGGUGGGGCCGGCCCGACCCGCCGCCCGCGCCCCCGCCUCCUGGACGCGGCUGCGGGAGCGGGGCGCCCAGCGCGCGGGCACAGGGUGGCCAGAGCGCCGAGGCGGUACCUUCAGCGGUGCCAUGAGAAAAGCCCGGGAGAACCAAGUGGAGCCCGCCGAGAAGAUUGCUGCGCCCGGGGUUGCUGCUGCCGCCGCGGCUGCUUGAAACUCCCGAAGUUGACAGACAGCGAGAGGCUGCCUCCCCCCGGGAGCAAAAGGGAAAGGAUAUCGGAAGGUGCCAGAGACCGACAAACAGACGCGCAGACCUUUAGAAAACACCGCCGCCGGCGUCCUAUCUCCGCUACCCGUGAGGCUUCCCAGCUCUGUUGACUGGUGGGAGGCUGAACUGGAGAAAAAGACUCCUGGAAAAGACGCAGAGGCGACCAUAAUGUCUUUACGGUUACGCACACUGCCCACCCUGCCUGGAGUUGUCAGACCUGGUUGCAGAGAGCUGCUGUGUUUGUUGGUGAUCACAGUGACCGUGAGCCCUGGUGCCUCUGGGGUGUGCCCCACCGCUUGCAUUUGUGCCACUGACAUUGUCAGCUGCACCAACAAAAAUCUGUCCAAGGUGCCCGGAAACCUUUUCAGACUGAUUAAGAGACUGGAUCUCAGCUAUAACAGAAUUGGGCUUCUGGAUUCUGAGUGGCUUCCAGUAUCGUUUGUCAAGCUGAACACCCUAAUUAUUCGUCAUAACAACAUCACCAGCAUUUCCACAGGCAGUUUUUCCACGACUCCAAAUUUGAAGUGUCUUGACUUAUCAUCCAAUAAGCUGAAGACAGUGAAAAGCGCAGUGUUCCAGGAGUUGAAGGUUCUGGAAGUGCUCCUGCUGUACAACAAUCACAUUUCCUAUCUUGAUCCUUCAGCGUUUGGAGGGCUCUCCCAAUUGCAAAAACUCUACCUAAGUGGAAACUUUCUCACACAGUUUCCUAUGGAUUUGUAUGUUGGAAGGUUCAAGCUGCCAGAACUGAUGUUUUUAGAUGUUUCUUAUAACCGGAUCCCUUCCAUUCCAAUGCAUCGUAUAAAUUUAGUGUCAGGAAAACAGCUAAGAGGCAUCUACCUUCAUGGAAAUCCAUUUGUCUGUGACUGUUCCCUAUACUCAUUGUUGAUUUUUUGGUACCGUAGGCACUUUAGUUCAGUGAUGGAUUUUAAAAAUGAUUACACCUGUCRCCUGUGGUCUGACUCCAAGCACUCCCAUCAGCUGCUUCUGCUCCAGGAUAGCUUUAUGAAUUGCUCUGACAGUGUCAUCAAUGGUUCCUUCCGUGCACUUGGCUUUAUUCAUGAGGCUCAGGUCGGGGAAAGGCUGAUUGUCCACUGUGACAGCAAGACUAGUAGUGGAAAUACAGAUUUCAUCUGGGUUGGUCCAGAUAACAGACUGUUGGAGCCAGAUAAAGAAGUGGAAAACUUUCAUGUGUUUCACAAUGGAAGUCUGGUUAUAGAAAAUCCUCGUUUUGAGGAUGCUGGAGUGUACUCCUGUAUUGCAAUGAAUAGGCAACGCCUGUUAAAUGAGACUGUGGAUGUCACAAUAAACGUGAGCAAUUUCACUGUAAACAGAUCCCAUGCUCAUGAGGCAUUUAACACAGCUUUUACCACUCUUGCCGCCUGUGUGGCCAGUAUCAUUUUGGUACUCUUGUACCUCUAUCUGACACCGUGUCCCUGCAAGUGUAAAACCAAAAGACAGAAAAAUAUGCUAAACCAAAGCAAUGCCCAUUCAUCUAUUCUCAGUCCCGGCCCUGCUAGUGAUGCCUCUGCUGAUGAACGGAAGGCAGGUGCAGGUAGAAGAGUGGUGUUUCUGGAGCCUCUGAAGGAUGCUGCGGCAGGGCAGAAUGGGAAAGUCAGGCGCUUUCCCAGUGAGGCAGUGAUGGCGGAGGGCAUCUUAAAGUCCACGAGGGUGAAAUCCGACUCAGAUUCAGUCAAUUCAGUGUUCUCAGACACACCCUUUGUGGCUUCUUCUUAAUUGUGUGCCUGUAAUUGUAUGAUGUCAUAAUUUAAUCUCUCCAUAUUUAACUGUGUGUGGUAGUCUCCAAAAUAAAUAGUAGGGCAGAAAUUGUGGGAGGACUUUUUUUUUUUUUUUUGUAGUUUGUUUGAGAUCAAACCAAAUAAACAGUCUAUUAAAUGCUUGAUAGGAAAUGAGGUAAAGCACUUUGGUUCCCCCAAGGUGCCAGAGAAAGAUGGGGCUGUUUUCCAAAGUUUUAAGUUCUAGAUAACUGUAUCUUAAUCUUUAGCAUCACUGAUGCUGCCAAAGCCAGCCCAAAGGUGAUAUUAUCCUUUUAUGCAGGACUCUUAAAAAGAAAAAAAUGAACUACAUAUAUUAGUGCUCUUUUAAAAAGUAGACUUUGCUAACUUAUUAGGAUCAAAGUUAACUUAUUUUUUAAGGAAAAGUAUUAGUGUCCUGCUUUAUUUUUCAAAAGAUAUAAAGGAAGCAUCAAGCAGCAAUGAUUUAUAAAGCAUAAAAUUAGAUUUGGGAAGUAGCCAAAAUCAUCAUUUCAGACCAGAAUGAACUAACUGCACUGAUAGAAUUUACUGGAUAAUGCCAUAUUUUCUACAGUGUUAAGUAAGUAGUGCAAGGAAGGUACAUUUGUUUGACUGUCUUCUUUCCAUUCUGUACAUUCUCUCCAUUCUGUAUCCUUGUACAAAGGAUCUCAUUGAAAAUUUAAAGUCGUCAUUUGUUGACAAGAAUAUGUGUUAAUACCAAAAUGUCAGAGUAACUUCUUAAAACUUUGUUUUAGCAGACUAAUAUUUGUUCAUAGGCUUGUGUAUAUGUAAAUCUUAAAUUAUAUAAUCUAUUAAAUAGACCCUGCUGUARUGUGCUUUGGACAUUUAAAUUAAUGUAAAUAUAUGUAUUCUGUGACUUGAUGUUUUGUUUUAUUUGGCUAUUUAAAAGCAUAAAUCUAAGAUGUUUUAUGUGAUAYGAUAUGUGCUAUUUUGUGUCAAUCACCACCAAUAGCAAA